CACACGCCUGCUCUCUCCUUUCUCUCUCUCAGAAUGACAAUUCUAGGUACAGCUUUUGGUAUGGCUUUCUAUUUACUUCAUGCCGCUUCUGGAGAAAGUGGCUACGCGCAGAACGCAACCCUGCCCACUAACAUCUGUGAAAGAACGAAUAAACUACCUCUUAAAACACAGCCACUUAAAGUGCAGGAAGACACGUAUGAACAGGGCAUCCGUGAUUGGGAAUAUACAGCAAAACCGCUUUGCCAGGCUGGAUGACUAAGAUUUGUUCCUCCCCAGGAGACCUGGAAGACGCAGAGCCAGAUGACUACUCAUUCUCAUGCUACAGUCAGCUGGAAGUGAAUGGAUCCCAGCACUCGCUGACCUGUGCUUUAGAUGACCCAGAUGUCAACAGCACCAAUCUGGAAUUUGAAAUAUGUGGGGCGCUUUUGGAGGUAAAUUGCCUGAAUUUGAAUAAACUGCAAGACAUGUAUUUCAUCAGGACAAAGAAAUUCUUACUGAUUGGAGACAGCGAUAUCUGUGUGAAACUGGGACAGAAGAGCAUAACUUGCAAAACAAUGAACAUAGUCAAGAUAGUUAAACCCGAGGCUCCUUUUGACUUAAGAGUCGUCUAUCGCGAGGGAGCAAAUGACUUUUUAGUGACAUUUAAUACAUCGCACUUGCAAAAGCUUUAUGUCAAAGACUUAGUGCAUGAUGUAGCCUACCGCCAGGAAAAAAAUGAAAACGACUGGAUGAACAUGAACUUAUCGAGUACAAAGCUGGAACUCCUGCAGAGAAAGCUACAACCUGGAGCAAUGUAUGAGGUUAAAGUUCGAUCAAUUCCUGAUGGAACCUAUUUUGAAGGCUACUGGAGUGCGUGGAGUCCAAGUUACCAUUUCAGAACUCCAGAAACCAAUGACACAGGGAGGAUGGAUCCUGUUUUGCAAACUAUCGGCAUUCUGAGUUUCUUCUCUGUGGCCCUGUUGGUCAUCUUAACCUGUGUGUUAUGGAAAAAAAGAAUUAAGCCUAUUGUAUGGCCCAAUCUCCCUGAUCAUAAGAAGACUCUGGAACAACUGUGUAAGAAACCAAAAAAAAAUCUGAAUGUGAGUUUCAAUCCUGAAAGCUUCCUGGACUGUCAGAUUCAUAAGGUGGAUGACAUUCAAGCCAGAGAUGAAGCAGAAGACUUUCUGCAGGGCACUUUUUCUCCACCACUCGAGGAGUCUGAGAAGCAGGAGCUUGCAGGAGGUGUGCAAGUCUUCAGCUGGCCCUCUGAGCAUGCAGUCCUCACCCCAGAAACUUUUAGAGGAGAUUCAACCCUGAGAUGCCUGCCUGGAAAUAUCAGCACUUGUAAUGUCCAUGAGCUCCCCUCCUCCAGAUCCCCAAACUGCAGAGAUGGUGGCAAAAAUGGGCCCCUUGUGUACCAGGGUCUGCUGCUUAGCCCUGGAACUACAAACAGUACUCUGCUCCCUCCUUUUCCUUUCCAAUCAGGAAUCAUUACAUUGAACCCAGCUUCCCAGGGACAGCCCAUCCUCACUUCUCUGGGAUCGAGUCAAGAAGAAGCAUACGUCACCAUGUCCAGCUUCUACCAAAAUCAGUGAACUUUACGAAACUCAGGACUGAAACCGUUGACUGGCAAAGAUGGCUGAGAAGGAAUAUUCAGAUUUCCUACUCUGCUGAGAGGGAAUGUUCAGAUCUCCCACUCUCUCCCGCAACACAAAGAAGACAAAAUUAACCCAUCUCUCCUGCAUGAGCUAAAGGAUUCAGAAACUUCUGAAACUCUGCUUUGGCCACUCUCUGGUUCAGGGGCAUCCCACAAGAAACAAGAGCGUCCAGCCUUUACCAUGUUGAUUUGGUCACAAAGUUUCAGGCCACCCAAAUAUUGCAACAGCAUUAUUUAAGAAAAAAAAAAAAACAGGAAAGAAUGAGAGAAAGGGUAGAAAAAAGGAUGAUGGAGAAAGGAAGACAGGAAGGGAAUGAGGGAAAAAAGAAAGAAGGGAGAAUAAGAAUAAUAGUUACCACUGUCAGGGCUUACUGUAUACCCAAUGCUGUAUUAAGUGCUCUACACAUUUUUUCUCACAUCAGCCUUACAACACACCUGGGAGGUGGGUGCAAUUAUUAUUAUUAUUCUCUUUCUCAUGGAUGAUAAAAUGAGG